AUGGCUAGUGAACUGAGAAGUGAAGAAAAUCAGAAUGAGGGGCCCUUUGGGCUGGAACAACAAAUGCGGCAGGAAGAAGGAUCGAAUUAUGAUUCUGACUAUGAAAGCGAAGUGUCUUCUGAUGAACCUUUGGAAGAAAAGAAAACUUCACAUCGUCCUGGUGAUAAUGCAUUUAGACAGCAGCGUCUAAGAGCCUUCAAUCCCGUUAUGACUGCAAAGACUGUUAUUCCAAUAUUGAUGGCUAUCGCGAUCAUUUUUGUUCCGUUGGGGGCUGCUAUGUGGUAUGCAGCCCAUAGGAUUCAAGAUGUUACUAUUGAUUAUACACAGUGUGAAAAAAUGGCUUCCAAGCUGUACUGGAGUGAAAUUCCAACAGAAUAUGUAACAUAUAACUAUCGCACCAAAGACCACUUGAUCAAACAGAAGGCUCAGUGGAAAUUAGAGACAGACGAGUCUCAACAAUUCGAGGAUGAAAGAAACGUCUGCAAAAUACAGUUCCCCGUAGCAAAUAAAUUAUCAUCGCCUAUUUAUUUCUUCUACAGAUUGAACAAGUUUUAUGCUAACCAUCGUCGUUUUGUUAAAUCGUUUAGUGAGGAGCAGAUCAUAGGAAACGCUGCCUCCGAAAACACCAUUAAGAAUACACCUGGUCAGAACUGUGAACCUUUAUCGGUGAACUCGGAAGGUAAGAAAUACUAUCCUUGCGGCUUGAUUGCAAAUAGUUUGUUCAAUGACACAUUUACGACCACUUUGCAAGGGGUUAAUGGUACAUCACACGAUUAUAAGCUUACAGAAAAUGGCAUUGCUUGGAAAGCUGAUAAGAACAGGUUCAAGAAAACCAAGUAUCAUUAUUCCGAUAUUACUCCACCCCCAAACUGGUAUAAAAGAUUCCCUGAUGGAUACAAUGAAAGUAAUGUCCCUGAUAUUUCAACUUGGUAUCAAUUUCAGAACUGGAUGCACCCAUCUGGAUUGCCUAGAUUCAACAAGCUUGCUUUAAGAAAUGAUCAUGAUGAUCUUGAAGAGGGAGUCUAUGAAAUCACAAUUGGUCUUCACUUUCCUGUGUUACCUUUUAAUGGUAAUAAGUACGUUUACAUUAGUCAAAGGUCAGUGAUAGGUGGUAAAAAUUUUUUCCUUGGAAUUAGUUGGAUCGUUGGUGGUGGCAUCUGUUUCUUGUUGGGUUUACUGCUACUUAUAGUCAAUACUAUCAAGUCUAGGAAGACUGGAGACAUCAACUUACUCAGUUGGAACCGAGAAGAAUUUGCAAAGGAUGAAGCAAUGGAUGUGCAAGGAAGCCCCGAGAAAUAA